CUACUCUCGGCUCGGUUACUUCUGGGGCAGGGGACGCCAUUUGCAGUGAAAAUGAUGGUGUGAGGGAGGAGUGGUGCUGAAGAUUUGGAUUGGUUUCAAACGGACGGCGUCAUAUGGACUGGCUGAUGGUUGGCCAUGCCCGGCAAAAACUCGGCUGAAUCCAUUCAUUACGUAUACUUCCGUACACUAACUCUUAUCGGACAAUCAACACUGAAUCACUGAUAACUACCUAUCCAAGCUCCGAGGCAGGGUGAAGGAUGUUGACCUCUUGAAGUCACCUGCUUUGCAGACGAUAGAGUCACUGUUCAUCGCUCUCUACUGUAGCACAUUUAAAUUGCAUCUUCACCACCUCUCGUGAGACGGAGAUAACUACAAUGUCCAAAAGGGUCUACUUCCUAGCCCAUGGCGGGGUGGUCCAAGGCGUUGGUUUCCGCUAUUUUGUGCAGAAGAAAGCAGUCGAGUAUCACGUCACAGGCUGGGUUCGUAACACCGACGACAACAAGGUCGAGGGAGAGGCCCAAGGCAACGCGGAUUCUGUUUCACAGUUCCUGAAACAUGUCGAUGAUGGACCCAGGCACGCCCAUGUUGUAAGGCUGGAUAAGAAAGAUCUGGAUAUUAUAGACGGCGAGGACCGGUUUCAGGUACGGCAUUGAAAGGGCAGCUUGCUCCCCUGGAUUUUGCGACGUUUAUCUUAGCCUACCUACCCGAUAUUCACUUUGUUGGCCGACUGGUACAUUGUAGAUUCGGUCUUAACAAGGUGCCCCAAUCUAGCAGCAUCUUUGACGACUCAGGUUUACUUCUGGGUUUCCUCGAAUUGGAUAUCAUAACAAAUAUUCGCUGUCGGGGGGGGGGGGGGCGGGGCUGAGCUAACUCUGUCU